AUGAAGUGCAGCGUAUUGCUGGCAGCUGUGGUCUCGGCCGUGUUGGCGUCUGAUGUCACACCUGCCCAGAAAGUCGUUCAGAUGCUCGAAAAUAUGAAAGAGAAAGGGGUGAAAGAGAUGGAGGCGGAGCAGGUUCAGUACACGGAGUUCUCGCAGUUCUGUGAGAUGACCCUGGCCGAGAAGAAGAAAUCCAUCGAUGACGCCAGCGACAAGCUGGAGACCCUGGAAGCUGACAUCGAGUCGGCAGCGGCCGAUGCAGAUCGUCUCAGCACUGAGAUUGCCGGCCACGUGGCCGACAUCGAGGCCACCAGCGGCGAGAAGACCAAUGCCACGGCAAUCCGUGAGAAAGAGCGCACCGACUUUCGGGCGGCUCUGAAGGACUACACGGAAUCCAUCGAUGCCAUUCGCAGGGCCGUGAAGGGCUUGAAGGCGGAG